GCUGUGAGGCUCAUAGCAGGGGAGAUGAAGUGGUUAAAAAAUAUUCCCAGCGAGGGGCAGGGACCUAAGGAUGUGGGUAUAUAAGACCGCGCCGCCAGCGCAGAGCCGCCGCUACUGCUGCGUGAGUCAGGACCAGGGCGCAGGAGCUCAGCCGUCCAGUACCCAGAGGCCAGGGACAGAAGCAAAGGACAACAGACCGGUUCAGGCUGGGGCUCCUGCUGCACCUCUGGAACAGGCACAGGACUCCCUAACUUCCAUCUCCUGCCCCCAAAACGCGCACCCGCGGGGUUGUGCGCCCUAGCCCAGCACCCCCGCGCGCGGCACAAGCACGCCUGCACGCAGGUCCCACACCAAGGCGAUGCGCGCAGGAGUCCAGGCACCUGGCCUGGGGCGGAGGGAGUAGGGCUCGGAGGGAGGCAGGAGGCUGCAGGGUUAGAGAAGCGGGCGCAGGGCCCUCAGCUGCGCGACACCUGCUGCUGCAGCCUUGCCGGGAUGCUGCGCGCGGUCUCCCUGCUGCUGGGCGCCGCGCUGCUCUGCGGCCCCGGAGCCUUCUGCCGCCGGGUCGUCAGUGGCCAAAAGGUGUGUUUUGCUGAUGCAAAGCGUCCCUGCUACAAAAUGGCCUACUUCCAUGAACUGUCCAGCCGAGUGAGCUUUCAGGAGGCUCGCCAGGCUUGUGAGAGUGAGGAAGGGGUCCUCCUCAGUCUUGAGAACGAAGCAGAACAGAAGUUAAUAGAGAGCAUGUUGAAAAACUUGACAAAACCUGGAACAGGGAUUUCUGAUGGUGACUUCUGGAUAGGGCUGUGGAGAAAUGGAGAUGGCCAAACCUCUGGUGCCUGCCCAGACCUCUACCAGUGGUCCGAUGGGAGCAGUUCCCAGUACCGGAACUGGUACACUGAUGAACCUUCCUGUGGAAGUGAAAAGUGUGUUGUGAUGUAUCAUCAACCCACGGCCAAUCCCGGUCUUGGGGGUCCCUACCUUUACCAAUGGAACGACGACAGGUGCAACAUGAAGCACAAUUAUAUCUGCAAGUACGAACCGGAAAUUAGUCCAACAGAACCUGUGGAGAAGCCUUAUCUAACAAAUCAACCAGGAAACACCCGUGGCGAUGUGGCUGUUACUGAUGGAGGCAUAAUUCCUAAUCUAAUUUAUGUUAUAAUACCGACAAUACCAUUGCUCUUACUGAUAUUGGUUGCUUUUGGAACUUGCUGUUUCCAGAUGCUACAUCGAAGGAAAGCAAGGAGACACUUCAUCAAAGACUCAACUCCAUUAUCAUCUGAGUGCCUUGCAGAAAGUUUAAAUUCCACUCUGUAAAGGAAGAACAAAAACGAGCCCAAACCAGUCCACACUGUGGAUUUCAAAGAGCACCAGAAAGGAAAGUGGCAUGGAAGUAUAAUAAUCUAUUGAUUUGGCUCCAGAAAAGAAAAUAGUCUUAUCAUUCCAGAUCUGUGUAAGGAAUGGCAUCAGAAUAUUAGCUUGGAAUGGCUUGAAAUCUCAAAGAUGAACUGCAAGAUGAACUGUAAGCUCCCCCUUGAGGCAAUUAUUAAAACACUUUUUAUAUGUUUAUUAUUUCGUUUACAAAAAUAUGCUGUGCUAAUCAUGGAGUGAGACUUGCUUAUUUUGCUAAAGGAUACACUCAAACUUUGAGAAAAUGAAAUGGACCGUGAAAAUAAAACUGCUGUCAGCACAAGAGGAGUAUGUGUGCUGAGAACAGUUAUUUUUAUUUCUCUCACAGUUUAUAAGUUGUAAUUUAGUUAAUGUAAUACAAAUUGUAUUGAAAUUUGCAGUCUUCAGAAACAUUUUACCUUUGCAUAUGCAUUUGAUAAAAAUGGAUUCUUCUAAUAUUUAUUUUUAUGACAUUCCAUUUUUCAAUACAUGCUGUUUUGAUUAAACAAAUAUAUCACUUUUCAACUGAAUUCACAUACACACACAAAUAUAUUACCGUAAGAAAUUUUCUUUUCUACUAAUGAUUCAUCUUCUUUCAGUUUCUCUACUUUUGGCUGGACAACGUUUAGAAAAUCUCUUCAGAAAUGAGAAGCUGUUUCAUUAACUGUGGUGUAAAUCUCCCGAAACGUUUUCCUUAGAGGCUAGAAUUGUCUAAUUUCGAUUGUGCAAGACAUGUGCCUUACAAUUAUUUUUAGUUUAAAAUUCAACAGAUUUUGUAAUGAAGUAACUUUACUAAUAGCUGUAUAGUAGUACCACAGUAAAUACUGAACAAAAAUGUGGCGUAGACAAUAUUAAUCAUAUGUCUUCACAUGUUGCCUAUAUAACUACAAGUGGCUCUCUGAGAGUUCUAGAAUCAACAUGAUCCCUCCUUUACCACCCAAACAAUGGUAGUUGUUUGGGGUAGGAAUUGACAUUGGAAGCAGAGAGUUUCAGAGACUGUCUAAGGUUUUUGUCACUGAAUUUAGCCUCUAUGAAUACAAUAAAAGGUCUUAUAAUUGGGACCAGGUGAAUGGCCACCACCAGUGUGGAGCUAAGCACAGACAUUUUGGGAUGGAAAAAAUAAACACGCCCCAGGUUACAUGAAUUAAUGUGACAUGUGUUGGAGUCAUCAGGGAUUUAAUAUUCAUUCAUGAGGAUUUGUUCAUGGUAGUAAACAGUGGCUCCUUUCUGUCUUAUUCUCCUAGUUUUUUCAAUGCUUGUGACUUGUUCUUCUCAAGUUGUUACUAUUUGGUCUUCAAAUGUCCCUGUGCUCCUUUUAACCAAAUAAAGAGUUCUUGUUUCUUGAGAAUGA